GAAGACUGGAGGAGGAGAGACACAUUCACACAGCAGUUUGGGGAAAGCAAACCGGCAGGGAUAGCAGAAGAGCCAAGUGCAUGGGGACUGAUCACUACGGAGCUAAGCUUUCACAAUGUCUAGGAAGGAAGCAAGAUAGCCCUAGCAGGAAUUGAGAGAAAAUUUGCAUACGAAGAUGGACAGCCUUGGAAUAUUAAAUCGAGGAAAAGCUGAGUAGUGUCAAGAUUUCCAUUCCUGCAUCAAUGCAGAGAACAUUUUUACAAGUUCCAGGAAGACAGCUGAUAUAGCACUUAGUGGGCACGCUACGGCAGCAAUGACCAAUGAGGCACCAUCACUCCUUCACCCCAUGUCAGCAUCACCAUGUUAAAGGAGGCGAGCGAGACAUACACAGAGGACUUGAUCUAUAUAGUCCUAGAAGUGGCCAUUGCCAUCUUGGCCAUUCUUGGCAACGUAUUGGUGUGCUGGGCUGUCUACAUUAACAGUAACCUUCAGAACGCCACCAAUUAUUUUGUGGUAUCCUUGGCUGCGGCAGAUAUAGCGGUGGGUGUCCUUGCCAUCCCAUUUGCUAUCUCAAUUAGCACUGGAUUUUGUGCCACCUUCCACGCCUGCCUCUUCAUCGCCUGCUUUGUUCUGGUGCUGACACAGAGCUCCAUCUUCAGCCUCCUCGCAAUCGCUUGUGACCGAUACAUCGCUAUUCGCAUCCCACUCAGGUACAACAGCCUUGUGACCAGUCGAAGAGCUAAUGUGACUAUUGGAGUCUGCUGGCUGUUGUCUUUUAUCAUUGGCCUUACCCCCAUGUUGGGCUGGCACAAGAAGGACCUCUCCACACCUCAAAACUCAUCAUGUAGUGCUCCUAUGGUAGAGUGCCUAUUUGAGAAUGUUGUGACCAUGGAUUAUAUGGUGUAUUACAAUUUCUUUGCCUGUGUCUUGGUGCCUCUCUUGCUCAUGCUUGGCAUUUAUUUGCACAUCUUCAUGGCAGCACGACGGCAGCUGAAGCAGAUAGAGCUUAAAGUAACUUGUGGGGAGCGCUCAAGAUCGACUCUGCAGCGUGAAGUCCAUGCUGCCAAGUCUUUAGCCAUUAUUGUGGGCUUGUUUGCCAUUUGCUGGCUACCCCUGCAUAUCAUCAACUGCUUCACUCUCUUCUGCGAGGCCUGUAACCGCCCUCCGGUUUUACUCAUGUACUUUGCCAUCCUGUUUUCCCAUGCUAAUUCCGUGGUGAAUCCUCUCAUCUAUGCCUACCGUAUACGUGAGUUCCGCCUUACCUUUCGCAAGAUCUUACGGCAACACUUGUUUGGUCGGUUGCAACCUCCUCAGACACGCACCGCCAGUGGGAAAUCACUAACAUAUGCAGAUGAGGAGUUGAAUGGAACCACUAGGAUUAGUAAAAAUGGCUGCGCUGAAAACCACGGGAGUGGUAGUGACGUGAAAGGGGCUUGGCACCAAAAUGGCCAUCCUUCUAGGGUGAAAUUUGAACAGACAACAAUUCAUGAAGCUGAGAGACUACAAAAAGAGAAACUGAUAAACUCCUGAAGAAAGCUAUGGAGCUCAAACUGCGGACUAUGGUGUUAUGAUCUGGGCGGCUCAGUACGAGGGUCCUGUAUUAUGUGACUUUCACGCUGUUUAGAAGUUUUUUGAGACUUAUUUUAUUUAUUAAAACAAGUUGGAAAA